GCCGACUGAGGGCGCUAUUUAUGUUUUCUAUAUUUUUCCAUCCUAUACGCUUUGGUUACCCAGAAUCCUCCGCUGAAACGGUCCUUCCGGUGUGGUCGCCAUUAGUGAGAACAGAAAUGGCAAUCCGAUAUCCUAUGGCCGUGGGCCUUAAUAAAGGCCACCCUGUCACCAAAAACGUUUCCAAACCUAGACACAGUCGUAGGAGAGGGCAACUGACCAAGCACACCAAGUUUGUGCGCGACAUGAUUCGUGAGGUGUGCGGCUUUGCUCCCUAUGAGAGGCGCGCCAUGGAGCUGCUGAAGGUCUCCAAAGACAAGCGUGCGCUCAAGUUCAUCAAGAAGAGGGUGGGAACUCACAUCCGUGCUAAAAGAAAGAGAGAGGAGCUCAGCAACGUCCUGGCUGCCAUGCGCAAGGCGGCAGCCAAGAAGGAAUAAGCAGCCGCUGUCUGUAUCAGUCUUUCAAAUAAAUAUUUGUAAGUCGUGA